GCGCCGGAGCAAAUGGGACCAGCCUGGGCCUUCUCCAGCUCUUUUCCUCCUCCCUGCUACCACCCCUGUGGUCGGCCGCCCCGUCCAGGGCAGCGGAGACGGGAUGUCCGGCUCUGAAGGCUCCGCGGCUCCUUUAGGAGCCCUUGAUGCUGCGGCAGCCGUGGCAGCAAAAAUCAACGCCAUGUUAAUGGCAAAAGGGAAGCUGAAGCCAACCACGAAUUCAGCGGACAAGCUUCAGGCUCCGGGGAAAGGUCCGGCCACGAACAAAAGCAAAGACGACCUUGUGGUGGCUGAAGUGGAAAUAAACGACGUGCCGCUCACGUGCCGGAAUCUCCUAACAAGAGGACAGACGCAGGAUGAGAUAAGUAAGCUGAGCGGGGCGGCCGUUUCCACUCGAGGGAGGUACAUGACCGCGGAAGAAAAAAUAAAAGUCGGCCCUGGGGAUCGUCCGCUGUACUUGCACGUCCAAGGACAGACGAGAGAAUUGGUGGACCGAGCCGUCAACCGAAUCAAAGAGAUCAUCACCAACGGCGUUGUCAAAGCAGCCACUGGGUCCAGCCCCACCUUCAACGGGGCGACGGUGACCGUCUACCACCAGCCUGCACCCAUCACUCCCUUGCCCCCAGCUGUUGGGCAGAAGCCACCCUUCCAGUCUGGGGGAAUGCACUAUGUCCAAGACAAGCUGUUUGUGGGCUUGGAACAUGCCGUCCCCACCUUCAACGUUAAGGAGAAGGUUGAAGGCCCGGGGUGCUCGUAUUUGCAGCACAUCCAGAUAGAAACGGGUGCCAAGGUGUUCCUCCGGGGGAAGGGCUCGGGCUGCAUCGAACCUGCCUCCGGUCGAGAAGCGUUUGAACCAAUGUACAUUUACAUCAGCCACCCCAAGCCGGAAGGCCUCGCAGCAGCGAAAAAGCUUUGUGAGAACUUACUACAGACUGUUCAUGCAGAAUACUCGCGGUUUGUGAACCAGAUUACCACCACCAUGCCGUUAACAGGCUUCGCGCAGCCGGCAACCAUCGCGACUGUUCCUCCCCAGCCGCCGUAUUACCCGCCCAACGGCUUCCAGGCCAGCUACCCCGUGGCUCCGCCCCCUCAGCAGCCAGGCCAGCCUCCUUAUGUGGUGCCGGGCAUCGGACCUCCGGCCGUCCCAAUGGCGCCGGGCGUGUUGGCCCUCCCCACCAGCGUCCCACCCGUGCCAACCCAGUACCCAAUUACACAAGUCCAGCCUGCUGCUACCGCCAGCCAGACUCCGCUAAGCACUCCUUUUUUGCCUGCUGCUCCUGGAAAGACGAACCUGCCAAGUGGGACGCAGCCCCCCGUACAGCCCCCACCUCAGCCAGGCCAGAAGAGACGAUUCACCGAGGAGCUACCGGAUGAGCACGAAUCCGGACUCUUGGGCUACCAGCAUGGACCCAUUCAUAUGACUAAUUUAGGUACAGGCUUCUGCAGUCCGACUGAAAUGGACGGAACAGGUUCGAAGCCAGCAGGUUCCUCAGGAAAGGAGAGAGAGAGGGACAGGCAACUGAUGCCACCGCCGGCGUUACCAGUGACCGGGAUGAAACCGGAGUCUGAUGACAGGAACGGGUCCUUGGGGGGCAGCAACGAUCAUCCAGCGAAGAAGAUGAAAACCGGCGAGAAGGAAUUCGGACUGGUGGCCUAUGCCGGUGACUCCUCGGACGAAGAGGAAGACCACGGGGGUCUUAAAAAUGCAAGUAACUACUCACAAACGUGGAGAUUAGGGUACCAAUAUCCUUCCUCGCAGCAGCGGGCGAAGCAACAGAUGCCAUUUUGGAUGGCACCUUAGAUCCCUCCCGUCGGUCAUCCGUCUCAAGCAAUAACGCAUGUAUUCGAUCAAACAGUCUUUGCAACAUGGACCUCGCCUCUGCUCUCUGCACAUGCUUUUGAGACGCAGUACGCCUCUUUCGUGGCCGGGCUGUUUUCCUCCCCCCCCUCGCUACGUCUGCGGUAGGGAGCGACUUUAAAAUCGCCGGCUUCUUGGAACACAAUUGCCGAUAUCCGUGUUUGUGUGAUCCUUGGAAGGAAUGUCCUUGUCUUGGCGUUUCCUCCUCCACCUUCUUGGGCAUCUCUCGGGGCCGUCGGAAGAGGCGCCCGCCAGCUCGCCGCACCACUUAACCAGCUGACGUUCCAUGUUUCUUCCUCUCUGGAAAAGGAGAGUUUUUCAGUUGCGCGUAAGAUGAAUCCUUGGCUGGAUAACCUCGACUCUAGACUCGCCUCUUUUAGAACGUGUUUCUUUGUUCCACCUCAGCAUCCUUUUAUUUUUUUUUUUAACUUUGGAAAAUGCAGCUUUCCUAGCUGUAGGCACUGUUGGCUUCCGUUGGAGUUCUUUGGGCUGGCUGAAUAAAAUCUUCACUUUCUUGGCCUUUCUCCAUCGUACCAAGCCACCUUAGGCAGGGAACAACACCCGUGGCUUCCCAACACGGGCGAUUCAGACAAUUCAGAUGUAGAAUUGCCCUCUGUGUUUUUCAUCCUGGCACCCGCCAUCAGCAUGGAGUUAAUUUUGGCAUGGUUACAAUCUCCUUUCUGUUCCAAAAUGCAAGUGGCACAACCAACUUUGUUUCAUGGUGGUUCCCCCCCCCCUUUUUUUUUUAAACGUAUCUUCGGGAAUUGGUAUAAUGCUGUCCUAGCCGAAGAGAUAAAAUUCUUAAGAUUGUUUUUAUAGUGGUUCAAAACUAACUGGUUUUCGCCCGGACGUGCGGGGCUGCUAUGUGGCAAACAUGUUUUUUUGCACGAUGGAAUACGCAGCCUUGGGAGUGGGGACCACGGAAACUCAACUUUUGCUGUGUGUUCAAACCACAAAGGAAUAUUUAAAGUAAUUUGGAUCAAGUGUCAGGUUUUUUUUUUUUCCAAAAAACGAUCUGGCAGGUUUGCUUGGCCUGAAACCAACCAACCUCCCCCCAAAUGCACCCUGUUCUCUGAUUUUCUACAUGUUGUAAAUAAAUUGAACCAUAAUUUCACGAUAAA